AUGGCUAUCACCAUCACUCUCGGCCCCAAUGGGCAGUACCAAGUCAACGGCGCUGCAAACGGACUGGACCAUAACCUGGACUUGGUGCCCAUCUCUGGAGCAACGAAGCUCCGACGCAUGCUCAAUGAGACAGACGAACUGAUCGUAUGUCCGGGUGUGUAUGAUGGGCUAUCAGCACGUAUUGCUAUGCAAUUAGGGUUCAGUGCUAUGUAUAUGACCGGUGCAGGUACUACAGCAUCACGACUGGGCAUGGCCGACUUGGGUCUCGCUCAGCUUCACGAUAUGAAGACCAAUGCCGAGAUGAUUGCAGGCCUUGAUCCAUAUGGCCCACCUCUGAUUGCUGAUAUGGAUACUGGUUAUGGCGGACCCCUCAUGGUCGCUAAAUCCGUCCAGCAAUACAUUCAAGCCGGAGUUGCCGGCUUCCACAUCGAGGACCAAGUCCUCAGCAAACGCUGCGGCCAUCUCGCUGGCAAGAAAGUCGUCAGCAAAGAGGAAUACCUCAUGCGCAUCCGAGCUGCCAAGUCCACCAUUGACCGUCUACACUCCGACAUUGUCCUAAUCGCUCGUACCGAUGCCCUACAACAAUACGGCUACGAAGAAUGCAUCGAUCGCCUCAAAGCAGCUCGUGACUUGGGCGCUGAUGUGGGUUUAUUGGAAGGUUUCACCUCCAAAGAGCAGGCGCGUCAGGCUGUUCAGGAUCUAGCCCCCUGGCCAGUGCUACUCAAUAUGGUUGAGAACGGCGCGGGACCCGUUAUCACAACCUUUGAGGCCAAGGAGAUGGGAUUCCGGAUUAAUAUUUUCUCUUUCGCCUCAUUGGCGCCUGCGUACCUUGGCAUCAGGGCUGCGCUGGAGAGGCUCAAGACCGACGGUGUGACGGGAAUACCGGAUGGUCUGGGACCGAGGAAAUUGUUCGAGAUUUGUGGACUUUCGGAAUCAAUGAAGAUUGAUGCCGAGGCUGGUAAUUCGGCUUUUGUGAAUGGUGUUUAA